AUGCUCCGUACCGCUGGGAGGAGCCUCGGAUUCCGCUUGACGACAUUCCGUGCACUGAGCACUGAAAAACCAAAACCACCGAAGAAAACUAAGGAAGAGAUCAUGAAGGAGAAGACUCCUCCGGGAAAGUUGGAUGAGGUGAUUGGUGGCCCAGCUGGUCCUGAACCAACUCGAUAUGGAGACUGGGAACGCAAAGGACGUGUCACCGACUUCUGA